UGUCCUGGUUAAAUUAAAGCAAUACAUUCCGUCACAAACAUGUGAAAUCGAAACAUCGAAAACCGCAACAUUUGAAUGAUGUCUUCGGAAGGUUUAAGUCUGGAGGAAGAAAUAGAGCAAGAAAUUGAGAAUUUUCAGAUWGAUUCUGAUGAGGAUCAAGCUAUAAUGAAAGAGAARCUUGAAGACGACUUUGUGUCGGAUUCUAUCAAUGUUACAACGAAUUCACUGCUCAGGGCGACUAUAUGCGAAUUGGAAAGAGCACUUAAAGACACGCGGAGAUUGCUUUUUGACCGAGACAAAGACAACGGRGCUUUGCGACAAGAACUUGAACGCACAAGAAAAGAUUUACGAAGAGAGCARUCACAGAGAAAGAAACAACACGAGGAAAACGAGAAAAAAUUGACGUCUUACAAUGAAAUUGUGAAAAUAAAUGAACAGAUGAAAGAUGAAAUAGAAGAGCUGAAGACUCAGCUUGAAAGCAGAACAGCAAGAGACGAUGAGGACACUGAUGAUAUAGUMCCUUGCUGUUCAUCUAUGAAUGAACUUAUUGAAAUGAAACAAAAAGUCAAAAAUAUAGAAAAGGAAUUCGAGGAUUUCAAAGCGAACAAUCACAUCCAAGAAGAUUACAGUCUGUCUUCUUUYAAAAAUAAAGUCAAUUUAGUCUCCAACCCUGCUGAUAAUAAACAAGCACAAAAAGAGCUUCAGACACAGCUACGAAUCAAAUUCCUGCGAGAUGCAUUUUUCUAUUACAUGAUUGAUUUCCACCCAGAUGAGCAAAUGAAAGCCAUAUUGGCAAUCCUGGAUUAUGACGAUAAACGACAUGACAUUAUUAUAGAAUCACAUAAGAUGAAACGACAAGGAAAGAAAUUUAUUGUAAGUGAAGUAUCAAGCCGUUCUCUUACGUUCGUGCAAGAACACCAGAUCUAGACAAUAAUGCAAUUCUUGUUUAAAAUAGUUAAWUAUUUAACAAAAUAUUUUCUAUUCAUUGAUUUUUCUAGCUUCAGAUUAAAUUCAUAUUAUUGAAGUCUUUAUAAAAAUAGCUGAUUUAUUACAACAAGCAGAACUGCUUGUUAUUUCAAAUCUCUUGUGCGUUCUUUUUUAAAAAUUUGAGUUUUUUUUAUAUCUAAAAUCCAGAUGGAUUACUUUACACUCUUUAUAUUUAAAAUUCAAAUCAACCAAAAAUAUCUCUUAAAAUAGAUAUUUUAACGUUUUAAAGCAAAUUUACUUGAAAAUGAACUUGCUUCAUUAAAUAAUCAUCGUUUACAAGGGUAAAGAAUAUAUUAACUCGAGACACAAAUGUCUCAUAUUAAAUUACAUUCCAAUAUGAGAUUUUUUCAAARUUAGCUUUUCAAAUGUGUUUAUUUUUAGUUAUUUUGAAUUUAUUUUUGUAAUGCAACCAUAAAAAAUCAAUAUAGAAUAAAAUGCUGUUUUUUUCCAACAGUCUGAAUAGUGUUUAAAACAAGAUAAAUAAAUUAUAAAUUAUGGGAGGAUAUCAACAGGUGGGGAUGUAAAUAACAAUGAACAAUGUAACAGAUACAUUUUGAUCUGCAAAUAWUCCUUGGUUUGAAAAACAAAACCAUAAAAUACUGGUGAACUUAAUGACAUACUGGGUUUCACCCAGCAUUUGGAAUAUCAUGAAUGUAAUUAUCUUUCUCAGAUGGUCCUUAAACAUUGAUUACCAUAGUGCAAUUACCCUGUGGCAUGAUAAAGGCAAAUCAUGUUUACACUGGGAAUACAUGCUCAAUAUAAAUAAUAGGAAAUUUGGGAAUUUUAUUCUUCUCGCAAAAGUCGAAAUUCAGUUUCUCUCGUUUUGAUAUCAUGUAUCAAUGAUCGCUUGGGUACAUUUUCUUGAUAUUCAAUCAUUCUCUCCCU